CUUAUAGAAAGUUAUGGUAAUUUGAUAACGGGUAACGGGAAUGAUUUUGUGAACCAAUUGAAAUCAAAAAAUACGACAGCAAUGGAGGCACUUAGACAUCCAUGGAUCAAUUAUACAAACCAGAUAAUAUGA